AUGUCAUUUCUUUUUAGAAGAUCAACUGAACAAAGCCGUGAGGUUGACGUAUCAAAUCGUGAAAUCCCAUCCAACGAGAAAGAAGAAUCCCCCAGUUCUACUAACAAUGAAAAACAACACCCAGAUCAAAAUGCACCUGUCAAGAAGAAAGGGUCAUUCUUUAGAGGGUUUAAAGCUAAUGGAUAUAAGAACGAAUCUACAACUUCUCUCAACUCCACUAGUUCAAGUUCAUCCAGUUUUAAUAAGUUACCCCCACUUAGCCCUCUAGCGCUCAAUGGAUAUAAAGAAUCCACUCACCAUCGUUUACUAGAUCCAGAAUUGGCGAACAAUAUUCGUAACCUCAUACCAGCAAGAUUGCAACUAUUUGAUGAUUGGGAUUUGGUAUACUCAUUAGAACAGCAUGGGAUUUCGUUGAAUACAUUGUACCGUAAUUGUGACCCUGAGCAUCAACUUCAAUUGCUCAAGAAGAAAAGGAAAGAACACGGUUUUGCAGAGUCGGUGGUGAAAAGCAUGGUUGUUGGUGAUAUUCCCAGCUCGCGAUAUCUGUUUGAAACAAAAAGACCGCAAUCUUAUGUGAUUGUUAUUAAGGAUGAACAUGGCAACAAAUUUGGAGCAUACUUGAAUGAAAAUGUUAAACCAAUGGAACACAGAAGAUAUUAUGGAAAUGGUGAAUGUUUUCUUUGGAAAUGUGAAGUUUAUGACCCUUCGAAGUUAGAUCACGCGGUUGAUAAAAAGUCUAAAUCUGAAGUUCGAUUCAAGGCAUUCAUGUACACUGGGAUUAACGAUAACAUUAUCUAUUCCAACCAUGACUUUAUAGCAAUAGGUUCAUCAAAUGGUCAAAAUGGUCUAUACAUAGACAAGAGCUUAUUGAAAGGAGUCAGCUAUAGUUGUGAAACGUUUGGAAAUGAAGUCUUGAAUUCUUCAGAGCAUGAUAUAAAGUUUGGUUCGUUCAAAAUCAAGGGUUUAGAAAUAUGGAGAAUAGGAUCUCUUGAAUAA